AUGGAGCCGGGUUUGGUUGGAUGUACUGGUGAUGUUUGGGAGGUGACGGCGCGGAGGAGGGGGAGGACGGGAGGACUCUACCUGCUGCUGCUCUGCUGGCUGCUGGCUGCUCACACCACGGCGCACGCCUCAGACGCCUACUCAUCUUUCUCCCCCUCCUCCUCCACCUCGUCAAGUCUCGGAGGCUUUGUGGACUUCACUUUCAGCCAAGAGCCUCAGGACGCUGUAACGGUGAGAGGUGGCGUUCUGCAGCUCGACUGCCAGGCGCAGUCCGACGCAGCGGCGGGACCUCCCUCCAUCACAUGGCGCAAGGACGGCGUGCUGCUGAGCACGGUGGUGGAUGAGCGGCGGCAGCAGCUGGCUAACGGCUCGCUGCUGGUGCAGAACGUUGUGCACUCGCGGCACCACCGGCCCGAUGAGGGCGGAUACCAGUGCCUUGCCACGCUGGACGGACUGGGUAGCAUCGUUAGCCGGACCGCCAGGGUCACUGUGGCAGGUCCACUGAAGGUGGUCGUACCCACCGAGUCCGUUUCCUCGUACCUCGGCGAUACCGCCCUGCUGCGCUGCGAGGUCUCUGGGGACCCGACGCCAAUCAUCCGCUGGCAGAAGAACCGGGAGGACCUGCCGCUGACCUUUGACCCGGACUCCCGCCUGGCGGUGCUGCCGUCCGGCUCCUUGCAGGUCAGCCCCGUCCAGCCCCCAGACUCGGCCACGUACCGCUGUCUGGCCGACAACCCCGGCAGCACCAGGACGGGGACAGACGCCGAGCUCCGAGUUCUCCCAGAGCCCGGGGUGAGCAGGAACCUCCAGUUCCUCCAGCGUCCAUCCAGAGGAACGGCUCUGCUGGGAACAGAUGCUGUGCUGGAAUGUUCCGCUUCCGGGUACCCGACUCCGAGCAUCCAGUGGAGGAGAGGAGAGGAACUGAUCCAGAGCUGGAAUAACAAGUACUCUCUGCUGGUGGGAAGUAAUCUGAUCAUCAGGAGCGUCACUGACGACGACUCUGGCAGUUACAGCUGCACAGCCGCCAACAAGAAUCACAACAUCACUGCAAACACAGAGCUGAGUGUACUAGUGCCUCCUCAGUUCCUGAACUACCCGACCAACACGUACGCCUACGAGUCCACGGACAUCGAGCUGGAGUGUGCUGUGACGGGAAACCCGCCGCCGACUGUACGCUGGAUGAAGAACGGAGAGGAAGUCAUCCCCAGCGACUACUUCCAGAUAGUGGACGGCAGUAACCUGCAGAUUUUGGGUUUGGUGAAGUCGGAUGAAGGAUUUUAUCAGUGUGUAGCUGAAAAUUCAGCCGGCAGCUCGCAGGCGAUGGCUCAGCUGCUCCUCCGAGAACCAGUGUCCCCCAGCCCGGGCGUUGCCCUCCCCUCUGCCCCCCGCGACCUGGUCCCUGUCCUAGUGUCCAGUCGAUUUGUCCGACUCAGCUGGCGCCCCCCAGAGGAGACCGGAGGAGCCGUGCAGACCUACGGCAUUUACUACUCCCAGGACGGAAUCGAGAGGGAGCGGUCAGUGAACGUGUCAGAGCCGGAGUCUCUGGAGCUGACGGUCUCCAACCUGAAACCAGAGGAGAGCUACAGCUUCAGAGUCAUCGCUUACAACGAGGUGGGGCCAGGAGAGAGCUCCGCCCCUAUGAGGAUCACCACCAAACCAGACCUCCAAGUCCCCAGCAGGGUGGAGUCCCUCCAGGCCGAGGCUCUGUCUCCCACCUCGGUCCAGGUGAGCUGGGAGCCUCCCAGCCAACCCAACGGCCCCAUCCUGGGCUACCGACUGCUGUGGACUGAGAGCCCGUCAGCCAAGGAACAGAGUGUGGAGGUGAACGGACUCAACUACAAGAUGGAGGGACUCAACAAGUUCACGGAGUACACGGUUCGGGUUUUGGCGAUCAACCGCUACGGACCGGGCACCUCCCCCGAGACCGCCAGCGUCACAACCCUAUCAGACGUACCCAGCGCUCCUCCCCAGAACAUCACCUUAGAGGUUGUCCUGUCCAGGAGCAUCAAGGUGUCAUGGCAGCCGCCUCCGCGAAGCGCCCAGAAUGGCAUCAUCUCCGCCUACAAGAUCAAAUACAGGAAGACCGGUCGCCGUGGAGACCAAGAGGCCAUCGAACCCAACAACUUCUGGUUCCUGUUUACAGGUCUAGAGAAAGGCAGUCAGUACAGUUUCCAGGUAGCAGCCAUGACAGCCAAUGGAACAGGUCCGGCCAGUGACUGGUACAACGCUGAGACUCCGGAGAACGACCUGGAUGAGAGUCAGGUUCCAGAUCAGCCCAGCUCCCUGCACGUCAGACCGCUACCCAACAGCAUCAUCAUGUCCUGGACUCCGCCCCUCAGCCCCAACAUCCUGGUCCGAGGCUACAUCAUCGGCUACGGGGUGGGAAGCCCCUAUGCCGAGACGGUCCGAGUGGACAGCAAGCAGAGAUACUACUCCAUAGAAAACCUGGAGCCGAGCUCGCACUACGUGAUUUCCCUGAAGGCGUUCAAUAACGCCGGCGAGGGCGUCCCUCUGUAUGAGAGCGCUGUUACUCGAUCCCUGACAGACCCCAUAGACCCAUCUGAGGAUGACCUCUUCCACCUCUUUGAUAAAUACCCCACUCCCAUGCCAGACACCAGCACUCCCAUGAUCCCACCGGUGGGGGUCCAAGCUGUGGCUCUGUCCUCGGACUCGGUCCGCGUCUCCUGGGCCGACAACUCGAUGACCAAGAACCAGAAGGCGUCUGAGGUCCGGUACUACUCCGUCAAGUGGAAGACCAGCUACUCCACCAGUGGAAAGUACAAGUCUGCAGACACGACGGCACUCAGCCACACCGUCACCGGCCUCAAACCAAACACCAUGUACGAGUUUGCUGUCAUGGUUACCAAAGGUCGCAAGUCCAGCACCUGGAGUAUGACGGCGCACGCCACGACCUACGAAGCAGCUCCUAGCUCCGCCCCCAAAGAUUUGACAGUCAUCAGUCGAGAGGGACGACCCCGCGCCAUUUUAAUCAGCUGGCAACCGCCGAUGGAGGCCAACGGCCGGAUCACAGGUUACAUCGUGUACUACACGCUGGAUAAGAACAUGCCCAUAGAUGAUUGGGUGAUGGAGGCGAUCACUGGUGACCGGCUGACCCAUCAGGUCGUGGAUUUGAACCUCGACACGGUUUAUUACUUCAGGAUUCAGGCCAAGAACGCAAAAGGAGUUGGCCCGCUGUCUGAGCCCGUCCACUUCAGGACCGCGAAAGUGGAACAUCCAGACAAGAUGGCCAAUGAUCAAGGUCGAGGGGGAGACCACGCCUACUGGCCGUCUGACACCAACCUCAUUGACAGGAGCAGCAUCAACGAGUCUCCCAUUGGUCAGAUGCGUCCACCUCACGGCAGCGCCACGCCCCAGAAGAACAGCAACCUCCUGGUCAUCAUCGUGGUUUCCGUGGGAGCCAUCACCGUGGUCGUGGUCGUCAUCGUGGCGCUCAUCUGCACCCGGCGCUCCUCCGCCCAGCAGAGGAAGAAGAGAGCGAGCCACAGUGCCAGCAAGAGGAAGGGCAGCCAGAAGGACUUGCGGCCCCCCGACCUGUGGAUCCACCACGAGGAGAUGGAGAUGAAGAACCUGGAGAAAGCUCCCAGCGUGGCCCCGUCCGUACGCGAUUCGCCCAUACAGUCCUGCCAGGACCUUCCCCAGGUCGCACACAGCCAAUCAGAGAGCCAGAUGGGCAGCAAGAGCAGCCACUCAGGAGCUGACGGCGACGAGGCGUCCAGCAGCAUCUCCACUCUGGAUCGCUCCCUGGGGGCCAGGAGGGGAACGCGAAGCAAGAUGAUGAUUCCUAUGGACUCACAGCCCAGCAACACACCGGUGGUCAGUGCCAUCCCGGUUCCAGCCCUGGACUCCUCUCAGUAUCCUGGUAUUCUGCCUUCACCCUCCUGCGGCUUCACCCACAACAAGUUCAGCCUGAGACCGAUGCCUUUCCAAAGCCUGACCGUGGACAGAGGAUACACACCAGCGAUGCCUUCGGACUCCUCCAUCAAUCCUCUCCUCCAGCAGCAGCCCCAAACCCAGCAGGCCACUCCGCUCCUCCCCGGCUCCUCAGCACCUUCUGGGGAGCACGUCCCUGGCCCGAUCCCGGGGGCCCCUGCUACUACUGACGAGACCCAGGCUGGCAGCGGUCGCACCAUCCCAACAGCCUGCGUUCGGCCCACCCACCCGCUCCGGAGCUUCACCAACCCGCUGCUGCCACCGCCGAUGGGCACCAUUGACCCCAAGGUGUACACCUCCAUGAUGCCGCAAUCCAGUGCGAGCCUCCCGAAGCCCCAGGUGAAGACGGCCUCUCUUGGCCAGGCCGGUAAGGCCCGCUCCCCUCUGCUGCCCGUCUCAGUCCCCACGGCGCCGGACUUACCGGAGGAGGGAGGAACCAAACCUGCAGAGGAUUCGGCCGCCAACGUUUACGAGCAGGACGACCUGUCGGAGCAGAUGGCCAGUCUAGAAGGGCUGAUGAAGCAGCUCAACGCCAUCACCGGCUCCGCCUUCUAACCUGUGAUACUGUCCCCUAGCCCAGCCCCUCAGCCACGGUCCAGUCUGGAACCCUUCUUCAAGCCUCGGUGUCACUCCGCGCCACAUACGCUAACGUCGAUCUGGGGUUUGAAGAGGAAAUCAAACGUCCGUGCUGGGUUGAGUUUCUUUGGUUUCCGCUGGUCUCGGGGCUAGUAUUUACUGUUUGGGACCAGGGAAAAGGAUGGAAGGGAAUCAAACAGAGAAAAGAAACACUACAGCAGCACAGCAUCAACUCCAAGAGCAGGACGAGGGUGGAGGGGCUGAGACCCCCUCUAGACUCUUCAACCUCAAACAGAAAACUAGAAAAAACUGAGACCUAGUGCCUCGGCCUCAUUACGCAGAAGGAUGGGAUUAUCAGAACAAAAAAAAGACGACAAAGAUCCCUCCUGUUUCUCUUCUCUGUGGUAUUUAUUAACGUCCUCCGCUGGGUUAUCUACAACUCAGUUACUGUGACCGUACCUCACUUGUUUCUUUCGCUGUUGGAAGUAUUCUUUUCGUCUUUUUUUGGGGGGGUAUUCCAACUUUGUGCACUUACAGGAUGUGCAUAUGUUUUGAAAGUGCCACGAGAAUCUACAGUAAGAAAAAGAAAACGCAUCAUCAGCCUCCAAAGUUUCACCAAAACAUUCGGUUUUUCACCUGGACCGAGGUCCGCCCGCUAGCAAAGUGGUCCUCCCAUUUCUUGCCUAUUUUUCCUUCCUUUUACCCUUUCUUGAACAAAACAGUAUGAUUUUCAUGAGCCAACCAUUAUUCAUUACCUACUUCUGGAUUCUGAGGCUUUAAAAAUUAAUUUAAAAAUGCGAUUUUUGCCAGAUAGAAACAAUUGUGAGAACAAAAAUGUGAUUUUGGCCAGAUAGAAACAAGCGUGGUGACCUUCUAGACCGGUCUGAAUGGCCUGGAUCGGUUCUAGCUGACUCUACUCUUACAGGACUGUAUAGAAACCUCUAUAGACUCCCACAGUCUGUUGCUGCUCUUGAACAAGCCUUUACUCUGCCUAACCCACAUGAACUCCGAUCCUUACCUACGAGGACACGUGCCAAAUUCUCAUCUUGGACAACUUAUUGUAAUCCUUCUUAGUUUUUUGCUCCUUUGUUUAAGUCUGUCUCAGUCCUAAAUCAUUGACCGAAAGCCAAUGAUGAGCAGUGAGACGAUCCGUGUGGAAUCGUCUCAAAAAAAUCUUGUUGAAUGAAGGAUGGCUUUGGAUGGCCAGGCGGCAAUUGGUCCUUUUUAGAAGAAUGCGAUCAAAUUCAGUUUUAACACCUCGUUUAGAGUCUGUCACCUUUCACUGCUGGCUGGAGAACUAAAGACCAAUCGCGGUCUGCAAAAAAUCGUUGGCUUCUGGGACAAUGGGUCAUGUGUUUGCAAGAGGCGGUUACAGGAUCGGCAAAACUCAAUAUGCUAUGGCGAGAAAGAGAUAAUGAAGUUAUGAUCACAAGACAGCGACUUGUUACCUCAAUGGGUAAUUUUACUUUUAUCUCUGGAUCAAGAUUACAAAAUACCAUAGUGUUUUCUUGAGGGAAACGAAUAAAUUGUUUGAAAUUACUGUGAUGGAGGAAUAAAUUGUGAAGGUGGUGUUACGGUAACAGGAUCAAGGAUCAAGUCAUUAGUAGUGGAAUUUUUGUUGUUUUUAUGAUAAUUAUUAUAAACGGGAUUAGAGAUGUAAGUGGGGAGCGGAUGAUGAUGAUGAUAAUGAUGAUGAUAAUGAGAGUGACCUCUACCGUUGUUUUCACUAUGUGCCGUUUCAGUAUGCGUUUGUGUGAAGGUGAGUAUAUACCUAGUAUAUACCUGCUUUUGAGGAACCCAUAUUUAUUUUUCAUGAGAUAAAUACACGCAUACCUCUGUCCACCUCGAUUGAAAUUAUAUAAAAAUAACAAAACCGCCAGCUUCACUUUGAGUUCACUUCAGGGCAUAUCUUUUUUUAUACAAAAAGAGAAAGGAAAAAAAAGUUACAAAAACAAAACACACAAAUAAUACAUAUUCCGCAAAGUAUAUUUUUACAUUUGCUGUCCUGUCAGAACGAUGGUUUUUUUUUCUCAAAUCAGGUUUUAUCGGACACAUUUCCACAGAGAGAACUGCUUAUAAGGG